GCUUGGACGACAGCAACAACAACAACAGCAACACUCUUAUCACAUUCACCCACAUCAUCACCUUCACCCAUAUCUUCAUUGAAAACAAAAACAUCUGCAACAUCGUCAUCAUCAAAGACACUCAUAUCAACAUCGAUAACAGAAAUGUCAUCACCCACAUCAUCAUCGAUGACAAGUGUACCAACAGUGAUGGCACAAACAUCAACAACAGCAACAUUAUCACCAUCGCCCAUAUCAACAAUGACAGCAGAAUCGACAACUGCGUCAUCACCGUUACCUGUACAAUCAUUGAUAACAGAAAUAGAAAAAACAUCGCCAUCUUCAACGUCACCCAUACCAACUUUCAUGGGAGAUUCAUCGACCGCGGCGGCAUUACCGUCAUCUGUACCAUCACCGAAAUCACAAGCACCACAAUCAACAAUAAAACAGUUAUCAUCAAAAACAACACAAACAACGACUGGGAAAAAAUUGGUGAGUUAUGGUGGAUUGUUAAUAGCUACAGAUUUCUAUUGAAAACACAAGCAUGAUAAAAACGCAACAAAUUAUUUCACCUCAAACUCGCGCAACCUGCAAGAGAAGAUAUGAACUGCAUGGUAGCUCACAAGAAAAGAUGCAAAUGUUAAUGAAAAUUGCUGAGGUCAGGAUAAUUGUCUUCUGUGAAACCGGCCAUAGCCUUUGAGGCAGCCCAUUGAGAACAAAAGUUAGUUUCCUUCAGGACUGAAGGGCCCCAACAGUACAGGAAGAAUUCCUAAGACAACAACUGCGAUAAUUUAAGUUGAUGCGUAACAUGACAACCGUAGAACCAUAGAAAAGGAAGGAAUAAAAGACGGUGAAAAAAAUCAAUUAAUUAUGUCUGAAUGUUGAAAGAGGCUGCUCGGUGCCAGUUAAGACAAGAGAGUUAUAAAUCGUGGUCUUUUGCCAAAGAAGAGUUUGCAAUUCUAUAAAUAAGAGAAUUUUAAUAAUCUUUAAUAAGGGGAUUUCGUUUCUUGUAGCUCCGAGUGUUUGAGUCCGAAGUGAACGCAGUCAGCAAACGCUGUGACAAUUUUCCCCCAUUACUAUGUGCUCGAUACUUGUCAGCUAUUGUCCAGUCCGUAAUAGCGAGGUGUCCGCAAAUAAAGGCUAAAGUUGACUGCGUCCGCCCGAAGCAAAAUUAAUAGUAAAUGCUGAUGUAGGGAAAUACUAUGGAACAAACUUGGCCAGUUCACAAAAAUUUACACAUUCCUUUGCAGGUAUCUCGGUACUCUUCAUCGAUUAGGGCUCUCAAUGUUAGCAACAAAGGUUCCUUACAGGUGAAGUCGUCCCUACUGCAAAUAACUAACUUGAUGCCUAAGUUGAAUACGGCCUUGAUCACUGGCUUAUUAGUUUCGCAUGUAUUUAUUGAUCAUUUUUAUUCUUGAAAUGAAGCACCCAAGAAUAAAAAAAAAAUUUAGUCCGUUUUUUCAAGAUGAUUUCUUUCUGAUUUUAUAUCGGAAGGGACAAAAAUUGAUUAAUUUGCUUGGUUCUUUUAGCUGAUAACAUCAAGCUGGUCAAAGACAGCCAGUCACAUAUUGACAGAUAUUUGACAACGUUCAAUGUAUAAACUUAAUAUAUUCAUGAUAAAGACUAGAUGGUAUUUCAGCGGCAUAUCUUCUGUAAUCCAUUUUACCUUUUUUUUCCUUCUUCUUUUUCACAGGAAGCAAUCAAUGCAACCAGAAUUUUUUUAGAAGACUUAAAAAAACUACCACCGGGAGGAAAUGACAUAAAUAUACUGGUAGCCAUUCAUGAACUAGAAUCAUUUGCAGUUAAAUACGGCAAGACUCAUCUCACAGCGAAUGAAAGCGUAGUUAUUGUACAUGUGCAAAAACUGUUUGGUGAGUUUUAUGCUCUGUUUGAAGUCAGGUCUGUUUUUUUUCAUUUCUCAGUUGAAUAUUUAUAA